AUUUCUCUUUCUUGCUAGAGCAGCCUCCUCCUUCCCCCGCCCCCUCCUCCCUCCCUCUAGGUGUGCCCGUCAGAAUCACAGUCAUAACGAGGGAGGGAGCGACCCGCCUGCCCCCGGCUGCCCCAAGGAUGCUGCUGCGGUGCCGCUGGGACUGAGAUCGCAGCCGAGGCUCGCUCUGUCUCUCUCCCCUCUUCCUUCCCCGCAGAGGGUGAGGCCCUUCCUCUCGCACUCUUCCUCCUCCUCCUCCUCUCCAUGAUGCAGGCUCGCUAUUCCGUCUCGGACCCCAACGCUUUGGGAGUGGUGCCCUAUUUAAGCGAGCAGAACUACUACCGGACGGCGGGGACGUACGGCGGCAUGGGCAACCCCAUGAGCGUGUAUUCAGGCCAUGCCGAGCAGUACGCGGCGGGCAUGGGGCGAUCCUACGGCCCCUACCACCCGCACCAACCCGCCGCCCCCAAGGACUUGGUGAAGCCGCCCUACAGCUACAUCGCCCUCAUCACUAUGGCCAUCCAGAACGCCCCCGAUAAGAAGAUCACGCUCAAUGGGAUUUACCAGUUCAUCAUGGACCGUUUCCCCUUCUACCGCGAGAACAAGCAGGGCUGGCAGAACAGCAUCCGUCACAACCUGUCUCUCAACGAGUGCUUCGUCAAGGUGCCCCGCGACGACAAGAAGCCGGGCAAGGGCAGCUACUGGACCCUGGACCCCGAUUCCUAUAACAUGUUCGAAAACGGCAGCUUCCUGCGGCGCCGGAGACGCUUCAAGAAGAAGGACGUGUCCAAGGAGAAGGAGGAGGCCCGGGAGCGGCUGCUGAAGGAGCAGCCCAAACCUCCCGGGCUGCCCGGCGCCGACCUUCCCAAGGAAGCUUCCUCCUCGUCCUCUUCCUCCUCGGCCUCCGAGAAAAAAGUGGUGAUCAAGAGCGAGACGGCGUCCCCGGAGCUGCCGGUGAUCACCAAAGUGGAGACGCUGAGCCCGGGG